AUGGAUCCGCGCGAUGCCGACGGUGUCGACGACUACGACGACGACGAGGAGGACGUGGACGAGGACGGGCUCUAUAAAUAUAAGUUUCAGUUGGGAUUCAAUCUGAUUGACAAAAAAAGACAAACAUGGACUCUACUUGUGGAAAAUUUACGUGGAUCCAGACUGUUCGCGAGCAGCAGACACGGAAACAGCGGGCAAUUACAAGCAUGCGAUCCCGGCUUGGCGAGCGAGGACGAAGAGGAGGAGGCGGAGAAGGAGAGAGGAUCGCGGAAAGAGAAAGAGAAAGGGGAUGGUACUCGCAGAAGAAGUGCACAGCCGCCAAUCACGAGGUGUCAGCGGCGGCAGGCUGUCAUUAGGCGAUUAAAUUCCCGUAGCAGCCGAUCUGUCUUCGUUCGCGUAAAUCUUCAUCAAGUUUCGAUUUUCCGCGCGUUUCGGGCCGGUGCGGGACGGAACGGGACGGGACGAGGCGAGGCGAGGCGAGACGAGGGCGAAGUGAGGUGGACGAGGCGAACUGCGCGAGCGGCGACGACGGCGUCUCCGCAGCGGAGGGCGAAAAGCACCGUCACCACGACGGUGAUCAAUAAUACAUCAAAGAAUAACGGCGAGAAUAUCGGGAACGAACGGGCCGAACGGCCGAGCGUCGCGACAGCUAAAGCUAAUACUACGGGACGUAGUCUCGCCGACGAUGGAAAAUAUUACAAUACGACAAAUUUUCCGAAACGAACUUGUGCAGUCGGUCUCGCGACAUCCGAGAAUGCCUGUUGUUUCGUGACCGUUUUAUUUCAACGGAAUGUUACUCAUCGAGGCGAUCACGCUUGUGAACGAGAAUCGUUUUGGGCAAAAUGCGCAGUCAGUGUGUGUGUGGUAAAAGAGUUACAACACUUUUGCCUCGAUGAAUUUUAAAAUGCAUUCAAUAUACAAUUCCACAUUAUAGCAAAAAUGUCCAAGAUACAUCAUAGAGAUAUCUUACAGAUAAUAUUAUCACGAUAUUUUUAGGAUAUCUGUAUGAUGGACAUUUCUGCCAUGUAUGGGAUAUAGGGAAAUUUAUGUCUUAGGAAUUAUUUGGAGAUAAGUUCUAAUGAAUAUCGAAAGUACACACAACAUUCUGAAAUUCAUUGAGUUAAAUGCAUCGCGAUUUGUUUUUAGCUGACUGUUACAUAGAUGUUACAUAGAUAGAUACAUAAAUAAUUAUAUAAUUAGAGAAAAAGAUCCAUCGAAACAGCACAAAUUGAGUUAAGGAGAUGCUGGAGUCGAAAUUUUAUCGGCAGAGUAUUGACUUUUUUCUGCAGAAUUUAUCUUGUAUUGAUUAUCCAGACAAAUGCUCUUACACAACAAAAAUACGUGCAAAAGUGAAAUAAAGCUUAAAUGUGUGCUUAAUACAAAUUGACAGAAAAUGAUAAAAAAUUUCAAAGUUGAUAUUUCGAGUGUAAAUUAGCCUGCUAGACGCUAUCAUUUAAAACAAGUAUUGACUUGAUAUAAAAGAUAUUGAUAUGAAAAUCUGGUAUAAAAGUAGCUUACAUUGAAUGCGCGAGUUUGCUCCGUUCAGAAAAACUUUGAAGAGCAUUGCUUUACAUCUGAUUUUAAUAAAGUUUAAAAAUAUCGGAAAAAUUGGAAAAUAUUUCUACAUAUAUGCAUGGUGAGUUUUCCCCUUAAAUACAGUAAAACAAAGCAACACAUUUACAUAAGAUUAUGUAUAAGAAACAUGAAAAAGAUAGUAUUGUAUUAGUGGCGAUCAUUUCUAUCGAUAUAAAUAUUUCUAGAGUUUGUCAUCGACGCCAACAUUCCUUUAAACGAGUUCGAUUUCAGAAUUUUAUAUGGAAAACUAGUUGCCCCAAGUUUUUCAGCGAAAUAUCGGUGUUCCUUCAAUCUACGGCUUAUGUAAAACACUAUUUCAUUCAAUGAAGCGACCAUAAAGCUAACUCAACACACUUUAUUGUUCGUAUACAAUUGUGAUCUACUUAAUUCUCUAUCAAAGAUAUAAUUACUCAUAUUAUGCGAUUACAAAAACCUUGUGAUACUUGGAAAGAACACUUGAAUCGUACAUACAAUUGCACGUUUCGUUAACCUUUUUACCGUCAACUACAUUUUAUAAUUCAAAUUCUUAGGUCAGAUUACUGACUCGACACGACUCUCAGUCUUAUUCAAAUACAAUUUCUGCGACAAAAUUGUUUAAAUCCGAAACUUAAUUCUUUCUACCCGUAUUUUUUAUUUUAGAAAAUUCUAUAUUUCGCGAACGACAUUUUGCCGUCCACUGUGUGACUCACGCAAAAGUAGAUUAACGCACUUGUAGAUUUGUAAUUACAUAUUAAUGUGCCCUUCGGAAAGAGUGCGCUCUCAAGGUAAUUCUGAUUUGGCGGCGAAAGAAGACCGCCAUGGAUAUAUCUCCAGUAUUUCUCAUACCGCGGAAUAAUAUUGCUCGUUCGCGUUUCAAGAUACACGAGCGGGUGGUGGACUCCGCGCGAAACUUUCGCCGCGGAAUAAUCGAGUUCGCGAAAGAGCGCAACCGUUAAAAUAUCUCUCGCGAUUGCGAUAUAUAAAACACAAACUGUGCAUCGAAUUAAUGACGGAAGUUACUUGGCAUUAUUAACUCAGAUAAUUACGUCAGAGUCCUCCAGUAUUUUUCUAAACGCACACAAGUCGGGUUACGACCUGUUUUAUCAUAAAAACGAUUUAAUUACGAUUUAUAUUAAAUCGGCGAAGUAGAAUUUACACACACAAACAAGCUAUUCGCACGUGCAUGUGCGUAUGUGUGGCAAUACUUAUGAAUAUUAUGAAUAUGAACUUAUGAAUAAAGAUAUAAACAAUAGUAUAGACAAUAGUUUGCGGAAGUUAUACGCGAGAAAUCCUAUGUAUUCUAUUGUAAAAUAUAGCCACGUGCUAUGUUUAAUUAUUAGUAAUUUAUGACAACGUAUUCAUUUUCCGCUACCUUCAACUUAGGACCUUUUAUAAUUCAUAUAAGAAAUCAAAUAUCAUUUCCUUUUUCUAACAACACAUGCGGAACAAAAUUCAAGUUACAUACGUAUGGCCGUGCGAAAAAUGACGUCGUGCCAUUUCGAAAGCGACGUUCCUCCAAUCGGAUCGAAAACUUCCAGCUAGAAGCUGUAGUUUAUUGUCGGCCGUCACUUUUAUAAAUUUCCGGUAUUAUAAAUAUCGUUGCAAUCGAAUUUUCGGAUAAAUUAGCUCAAAGCUCGCCGAUUAUAUAUACACGCUAACGAAUUUUAGCAGUAAUAGAAUAGUGUCGCGUUCUGUCGUCUAUUUGCAUCCCUAAAACUCGACUUGCUGCAACC